AUGAAGAGGGAGAGCUCCUUUGCUGUUUUCUUGGUGAUUUGCCUUGUGGCUAAAGCGGCUGCUCAGCAAGCAGGCAGUGUGAGAGCCACUUACAAUUUGUACGAGCCCAAAAAAAUUGGCUGGGAUUAUCUUGCUGCUAGCGUUUACUGCGCAACCUGGGAUGCGAAUAAGCCCCUGGCUUUUAGGCAGCAGUAUGGUUGGAGUGCCUUCUGUGGCCCUGCCGGACCUCUUGGCCAAGAAUCCUGUGGCAAGUGCUUACGGGUUACUAAUACGAGGACAAACGCUCAAGAAAUUGUUAGAAUCGUUGAUCAAUGCAGUAAUGGUGGCCUGGAUUUGGAUGUCGGGGUGUUUAGGCGAUUGGAUACCGAUGGAGUUGGCAAUCAGCAGGGCUUUUUGACUGUCAACUACGAGUUUGUCAACUGUGGAGAUUUAAUUCAUGCACUAUCUUCGACAUUGCUGCAGAUCAAUAAUCUAUACUAUACUAUAAUUAUAAGUCAACAUUUUUUAAACAUGGGUAUAAUUUAUAAUCCAAGGUUUUAA